UUUUCCUCCGUCGUCCUCGGUCGCCGAGAUCGACGGACGACGCCGCAACCGUCGAAGCCUGCCUAGCGAUGGCGUGAGCUCAUUGACGGCCCGACCAAUGGCAGCGCCACAACUCCGCACUUCACCCCCGGCGUCUUGGCCUUUGGCUUUGUCAUCAUCGACAACGAGAACAAUCUCAUCUUGGUUUAACUCACGUUCGCCCGCCAGGGCUCGCAUAGGACGACCAAAGGGAGCACUUGGAGCGUUACCCCGUGUCUGCACUAGCCCCGCACGCGAAGACCGCGUUUUGUGGUGCAUACGGUUCGCGACGGUCUCCCACGGCGUGCGGAUCCAAGAAUCGGCUGCUUUAUAAGGCUUCUUACAUCAUGGACGGGUGGCCAUUGGUGGCUCAAACUCGUGUCCUCGACACGCACGUUCGAGACUCCGUGUGAAUCAUAACAAUGCAAAUCCCGUCCGGGCUCUCUGCGUGCGUUACAUGCUUGCACUGCGACGAUCUAGACUGCUUGCGCGACACCUGGGAUCGGGUAUAAAGAGCGUGGGCGGCAAGCGGGCCUCGACAUCGAUCACGAAGUCAAGUGUUGAAACGGGACUUUUUGCCACCGCUGCCGCUGUGCUGACGAAAAUCACGAUGGCGACCCCGACGACGAUCCGGCUCGACGUCCGCCAGAAGCCGACGUUUUACGUGCCGGGUAUGGAGGACGAGGAGAACGCGAAGAAGGCGAGCGAGCUGCUGCAGCGCAAUCACCAGGAACAUCACAUCUUCUUUAACCGAGAAGGCUUCCACAAUCACAUUGUGCACCACAUCCUGACCCUCUACGCACUUGGCGCCGAUCCUGCGCAGCUUCAGCGGCACUACGACGCCAAUGCGCUGUAUCAGCGCCCGACCAUGCCGGUGCACGAGAGCGACGUGGAGGCCAUGUCGGACCCGUCCAAGUUCCAGCGGUACCUGUCCGACGAAAGGCACUACCACGACUACCUCGUCUUUUUCCAGCAGGAGAUGCAAGCCAAGGGUUGGCAGAACGUGGUCAACGAGUACCUUUUCGCCGGCGACGAGCGGGCCGACGACCUGCUCGUCCGGACCUUCGCCGGGUUCCUGCAUCCGCUCAUCCACCUGGGUUUCGGCAUCGAAUUCCAGCAGCCGGCCAUCGUCGCCGAGGCCAUGGCUCAGGCAGCCGUGCACGACAGCUGGAUCGGAAAGCUGCUGGUGUCCGCCGAGAAGGCGGCGCGCGUCGAGCCGCCCAAGGACGGCGGCAAGACGCUGGCGGCGCUGCUGCGCGAGAUCCACGACGACGAGGAGGUGCGCAACGCCGCGCGCUGGAGCGACGGCAACAAGAUCCGCGACGGCGUCAUUGCGCGCGCCGGCGCCCGGAUGCUCUCCUACGCGACCCAGUUCGUCGUGCGGCCCCAGGACGACGUGGCGCGCAAGACGGCUGAGAUGAUCAACGCCGCCGUCCUCUUCGCCGGCGCGGCGCAGCGCCCGACAAAGGCGGUCAAGUUCGACUUCUACUUCAUCCACUGCGUCAACGCCAGCAUCUUCUUCAGCGCCUUCCUCCGGCAACCCUGGCUGAGCGACGACAGCAAGCGCAGGCUGCUCGAGUGGAAGGCCAGGCUCGACCUCGCCAUGUACGCCAGCAGGAGGGCCCCGGACCUCCUCGUCGACGAGAUCGUCCGGUACAGACCUCGCAGGCCCGGCGCCGACCCGAUCCGGCGCGCGCUCGAGGUCGACGACGACGGCCACGCCGCCAAGCUCGUCAGGGCCCUGUGCCACGCCAAGAAGGCCUGCGAGCAGUUCGACGGCGAGCCAGGCUUCGAGAUCAACGGCGACAUGUGGGACCAGCUGCUGCACAUGGCCGUCGACUCCGUCGAGGCCUCGGAGCCGCACUGGGUGCGCAGCGCAGGCUUCGACGAGGCCUGGCGCGCCGUCCAGGACAGGCCUCACGCCGCUCUUUGACGCGGCGCCCCUAACCCGCGUGCGAUCUCGCUGCCGAUCCGUUUCAUGCCGGCUCUAUCGCGUUUCGCAGGAUUUGUGACCUGUUAGCGACAUGAAAGAGAGAGAAAGGGGAGAGAGAGAGUAGAACGAAGAAAAAAACGAAAAAAAAAAAAAAAAA